UAUAAUGGAAAAAAGAUGGAAUGAGAUGAAGAGCGAGAAAGUGCUUUUUUUGAAAAGCAAUAUAUUCAAGUAAGUAAAUAAGCAGUUUAGGGAAGAGGAGAAGAGAAAAAGCAUAGAAACUAAUUUGAAACGGAAGAGAAAGAGAGGAGAAAGAAACCAGAAAAUGAAGUAGAAGAAGACGAUGAUCAAGAGGAGCUGCGGCGGCGCUGCUGUGGUUGCUGGUAGUGAAAGCGGCGGAGGAGGAAGAAGGAGUGAGAGAGCGGCAAAUGUGUUUCUCGAGAUGCGAGCUGAUGAUUUUGAUUCCGGCAGAAAAGGAACCUUCUCCGUACUCCUCCUUUUCUUGCUUUUGAUUCUCAUUCUUCCCAGCAUUUAAUUCCACCACCACCUCCCCCCCGUCCAAUCUCUCACCUCCAUCUUCUUGUUCUUUUUUUCUCCUUCCACACUCUUCUUCAUCUUCUCCAGUACGGUGUCGUUUCGGUCUUUAGUCUCUGAUGCAAGUAUUAUUGUUCUGUGGUGUUGGAGGAGUUGCAGACCCGUAGAGAUCGCUGUGAUAUGCUCCAAUCGGUCACCGGGUGCAUUCUUGAAGACUCUGGGAUUGGUUAGGGUUUCUUUACUGUCAAAGUUUUCGCUUCUAUUCUUGUCUGAGGUGUUGUUGUUGUUGUUGUUGUUGAGCUCAGAAAGCUGAGGUGUUUGAUUGAAUUGGCUGUAUAUAGAGUUAGGUUUUGUGCAUCGAUUUAGCUUUUGGAUACUGUUUUUUGUGAUUGUGGGGAGGAUUUUUCAUUCUGUUGUGUCAUUGUUUACAAAAAAACAAAGAAACAGGGGAAACAAAAUCAUAAUCAAAGGCCAUACACAUCCCACCAUUUUUGUUGUGGGGAGUUUUACUUUUACUUUUUUUUUUUGUUCUUUUCUUUCUCAUAUACUAAAAAUUUAGGACAGAAGAAAAUAAAGAAUUUAGAUUCGAGGAAGCUGGAAAAAGAAGGUAGAGCUGCUUCUAAUUCUUGUUGGUGGAUUGUUACAAUUCUAUGGGAAUAUCUUUCUAUGGGAAUACCUGAUCGUUGCCUACCAGAUCUAAUAGAGAAAGUGAGGUCCUGGAAUUCUAGGGGAACAAGUGAGUUAAGGUCUUUGUCCGGAGAGUUGGAUAUGCCCGGUAACGGUUGCAAGAUGUGUUGUGAUUGCCAGACAGACACCAGUGGAGUUGGUCAUAGAUAUCACUGCCAAAGCUGUGGGCGGUGGAUUUGUGGCAAGUGUAUUCAGGGUGGUCAGUGGGAUGGUUUGACGAGCAGUAGUGAUGAGGUUGGAGAGAAGUUCUGCAAGUUUUGUUCUGAGGUUAGAUUAAGGAGGGAAGGUGGAAGAAAGUGUAGUGAGAAAGUGCAUCCUUCUGCCUCUCCUGAAGAUAGCCCUGAACCACCAUCCCCGUGUUUUAGCAGCGAAACUAUCAGGUGUUGUGCGGAUGAGGAAUCCACUCGGACUGAUCAUCUGUCAAAGUAUCUUGAAGCCCGGGAUAUUGGCUAUUCUCCUCGUGCUGUCAAGAGUAUGACUUCAUUUAGUUCUUACCCAUCUCCAGUAGCUGUUCAUCGCUCUCAUAGUAGGAGUGAUGAAGAAGAGGCAGAAGAUUCGGCAAAGAACUUUUGCAGCCCUUCAAGUGAAUAUUGUGAUGACAAUUUGGAUAUAGAUUUAAAUAGUGUUAGUGAUAGAAGUGAGUUAUACAGUUUGACGUCUCUGGGAUCAAGUCAGUUUGAUUGCUCAUCUAGAAUUUACUAUACUUCUAGUAAAGGGCAUUCAGUACAGCAGAGGCAUGAAGGCAUCCCAGUGACUGAGAGUGAUGAACCCUUUGGUCAACAGACUAAGGCUGUUUUAAAAAGGCCUGAGAGACGGACCAAGGAUCCAGAUAUUACUGAUGAUUGCUCUGAUGACUUGUCAGCGUUCCGCAGCCAAUAUGAGAAACCAUUGGAUUUUGAUAAUAAUGGUCUCAUCUGGUAUCCACCUCCUCCCGAUGAUGAGAAUGAUGAGGCAGAGAGUAAUUUCUUUUCCUAUGAUGAUGAAGAUGAUGAUAUUGGAGAUUCAGGUGCAAUGUUUUCUUCCAGUAGUAGCCUUUCAAGCAUGUUUCCUGCAAAGGAUAAACAGAAUGAGGGUAACAAGGAACCUCUUAGAGCUGUGGUUCAGGGGCAUUUUAGAGCGCUUGUAUCACAACUCUUACAAGGUGAGGGUUUCACAAGCAAAGAGGAUGGAGACGAAGACUGGCUUGACAUAGUAACAACAAUAGCAUGGCAAGCUGCAAAUUUUGUUAAACCGGAUACUAGCCGAGGAGGUAGUAUGGAUCCUGGUGAUUAUGUGAAAGUUAAAUGUAUUCCAUCAGGAAGUCCAAGCGACAGCACCCUUGUAAAAGGAGUAGUUUGUACAAAGAAUAUAAAGCACAAGCGCAUGACUUCACAGUACAAAAAUCCUAAAUUACUUAUUUUAGGGGGAGCACUUGAAUAUCAGAAAGUUCCAAACCAGUUGGCCUCUUUUGACACGUUACUGCAUCAGGAAAACGAUCAUCUUAGAACGAUUAUCUCAAAGAUAGAAGCUCUUCGUCCAAAUGUUCUGCUGGUAGAGAAAAGCGUAUCUUCAUAUGCUCAAGACCAUCUGCUAGCAAAGGAAAUAUCAUUAGUUCUGAAUGUUAAAAGGCCAGUACUAGAGCGCAUAGCUCGGUGCACUGGCGCCAUUAUUACUCCAUCAAUCGAUGAUAUCCCUAAAACCCGCUUGGGACAUUGUGAAUUGUUUCGGUUGGAAAAAAUUUCUGAACAGCAUGAGUCAGCUAAUCAGUUCAACAAGAAACCAGUGAAAACCUUGAUGUUUUUUGAAGGGUGUCCAAGGCGUCUUUGUUGCACAGUCCUGCUGAAAGGUGCAUGUGUUGAACACCUGAAGAAGAUCAAACAUGUUGUUCAGUAUGCAGUGUUUGCAGCUUAUCAUUUGUCCCUAGAAACAUCAUUUCUUGUUGAUGAGGGUGCUACUCUGCCCAAGAUACCUAGACAGUCAAUUUCAGCUAAUUCUCUUACUUCGAGCAAUUCCAAAGCUGUACCUGAUGCUUCUGCUCAAGAUGAUGAUAUUUUGGGUUUGAUCCCAGACAUUGAAGGAUCAGAAUCUUUGUCCGGCCAUCUUGUUCCUGACCAUAGUUUUCCUUUAUCUAAUGGUUCUGUGGACUUUGAGGUUGGAAAUGCAUUUUCUGAUCCCUAUAAUGAUGAUUUAGCAUCUCAUGUGUUUUCGGACACUUCUUCACAUCAAUACAAGGACAUAAAGCCACUGAUUGCACAUUCUGCUGAGACAAAAAACAUUUCCCGACUAGAGUUACAAGAAACCUUGCCUCAUGUCGGGAGUCAACACGAGGAUAUUGAUGAAUUGACGAGCUCUGAGAGGAUUGAUCAGAAUGAGCCUUCCAGUGAGUACUUCUUUACUGCUGACACUCAUCAGAGCAUUUUGGUAUCCUUUUCAAGCCAUUGUGUUCGGAAAGGAACUGUUUGUGAACGCUCCCGACUUCUGCGAAUAAAGUUCUAUGGCUGCUUUGAUAAGCCACUUGGAAGAUAUCUUCGUGAUGACCUAUUUGAUCGGACAUCUUUCUGUCGAUCUUGUAAAGAGCCAGCUGAGGCCCAUGUUGUAUGUUACACCCAUCAACAAGGAAACCUUACCAUUAAUGUGAGACGCUUUCCUUCACUGAAGCUACCUGGGGAAAGAGAUGGUAAAAUAUGGAUGUGGCACCGUUGUCUGAGGUGUGCACAUAUAGAUGGAGUUCCGCCGGCAACACGUAGAGUAGUCAUGUCAGAUGCUGCCUGGGGACUUUCUUUUGGAAAGUUCUUGGAACUUAGCUUUUCAAACCAUGCAACUGCUAAUCGCGUAGCUACUUGUGGCCAUUCAUUGCAACGAGACUGUCUCCGUUACUACGGAUUUGGGAGCAUGGUGGCAUUCUUCAGAUAUUCCCCCAUUGAUAUUCUUUCUGUCCAUUUGCCUCCUUCAGUGCUUGAAUUCAAUGGCCAAGUUCAACCAGAUUGGAUAAGAAAAGAGGCAACAGAGCUCAUGGGAAAGAUGGAAACCUUAUAUGCAGAGAUAUCUGAUAUACUUGACUGCAUGGAAGAGAAAAAUAGAUCUUUUGGAUGUGAAAUGUCAGGGGCAGGUGGAUUACAGAACCACAUCGUGGAGCUGAAAGAUCAGCUUAAAAAGGAAAGGAAUGACUACAUUGGUUUUCUGCAACCUGCUUUUGUGGGGACUUCUGAACCGGGCCAAAUGGCUGUUGUAGACGUUUUGGAGCUAAAUCGCUUGAGACGGUCUCUUUUAAUUGGUUCUCAUGUUUGGGAUCGCCAGCUUUAUUCAUUGGAUUCACUUAUUCAGAAGAAUCCAGUUUCCAGGGCUACAGAUGGGGUUGUAUCUGUUGGCUACCUGCAAGAGUUGAGUACUGAUCCAUCUAGUAAGGAUGGCAGGCUUGAUUUUGCCCAUGAGGGUAAUAAUGUGUCUGAAUGUCCAAAAUUUCUGGUGCCUCCUGGAAAUGAUUUGCUGCCAGACAAAGAACCUAGCGCACCAAUGUUCGAACGUUCUGAGGAGGAUAUGCAUUCAGAUAGGGAAAUUGUUGUUGAUGAGACAUCCUAUGAAAGCUUCCCCUCGCAUGUUUCUACUCUUUCUGAGAGAAUAGAUUCUGCAUGGACUGGAACUGAUCAACUUCUGGCGAAAGCUCAACCACUUCAUGCAUCACAGGCAGAUGGAGUCCAACCUGCUGCUGUUAGGCUGAUGAGCCAAAAUGAUGAUCCUCCUUUUAGAAGAUUAGUGUCACCAAUGAGAGUUCACUCUUUUGAUUCUGCAAUAAGAUUCGAAGAAAGGAUUAGGAAAGGGUUGCCGCCUUCUUCGUUGCAUUUGUCAACACUAAGAUCAUUUCAUGCUUCUGGAGAUUACAGGAGUAUGGUUAGAGAUCCUCUUUCUAGUGUAACAAGGACUUAUUCUCAGGCAUUUCCGUUAGAGGCUCAGAAGUUAAACGUAAUAUUAAGUUCCACACCCUCAUUCAUCUCCUCUGCAUCUCAAAUAACUGAUGGAGUCAGGUUGCUGCUCUCUCAGACAACCAACAAUAAUGUAGUUGUUGGUGUUUAUGACAGUGAGCCCACAAGCAUAAUAUCAUAUGCCCUUAGUUCUAAGGAUUACGAGGACUGGGUUGGUGAUAAGUUGAAUGAUCAUGAGGGGGCAUGGAGCAUCCAUGAAAGCUACAAAGAAGAUUCAGCAGCUCCCACCUUUUCACCAUGGCAAUCUUUUGGUUCUAUGGACUUGGAUUAUAUCCACUAUGGAAGUUAUGGAUCUGAAGAUGCUUCAUCCUCUAUGAGUAACUUGUUUGCAGAUCCCAAGAAAUCUCCACACUUAAGGAUUUCCUUUGGGGACGAGUCCUCAAAUGCUGGAGGCAAAGUGAAGUUUUCUGUGACUUGUUAUUUUGCAAAGCAUUUUGACUCUCUUAGGAAGAUAUGCUGCCCUAAUGAAGUGGAUUUUGUACGAUCCUUGAGCCGCUGCCAGAGAUGGAGUGCACAAGGGGGAAAAAGCAAUGUAUAUUUUGCCAAAUCAUUGGAUGAUAGAUUUAUCAUAAAGCAAGUUACAAAGACAGAGUUGGAAUCCUUUCAGGAAUUUGCACCUGAGUAUUUUAAAUAUUUGACAGAUUCUCUUAGCUCGGGAAGCCCAACUUGUCUUGCAAAAAUUCUUGGUAUAUAUCAGGUCACUGUCAAGCACCUAAAAGGUGGGAGGGAAACUAAAAUGGAUUUGAUGGUGAUGGAGAACCUUUUCUUUAAAAGAAACAUAUCAAGGGUAUAUGAUCUCAAGGGGUCUGCUCGAUCACGUUACAAUUCUGAUACUACAGGCACAAACAAAGUACUGUUGGACAUGAAUUUGUUGGAAUCAUUACGUACAAAACCCAUAUUUCUUGGAAGCAAAGCGAAGAGAAGCCUGGAAAGAUCAAUUUGGAAUGAUACAUCCUUUUUAGCGUCUGUUGAUGUGAUGGACUACUCGCUGCUGGUUGGGGUAGACGAUGAGCGGAAGGAACUGGUUUUGGGGAUAAUUGAUUUCAUGAGACAAUAUACGUGGGACAAGCAUUUGGAGACAUGGGUGAAGGCAUCUGGAAUACUUGGUGGUCCGAAGAAUGCUUCCCCGACAAUCAUUUCUCCCAAGCAAUACAAGAAAAGAUUCCGGAAGGCAAUGACUACCUAUUUUCUCACUGUACCUGAUCAAUGGUCUUCCUGAACUGCAUCAUUUCAUUCUUUUGUCCACUAAAUAUGUGUUCAUUAAUAUGAAAUAGGGCUAUUAUUGCUGAUAAACAGAGAGGAGGGAAAUCCCUCCAUCUGAUUUUUUUUUUUUGGGGGGUGGGGGAGAGAGAUCUUCUUUCUUCUCUUUGUAUAUGGGGCAGAAAGUAACCCAAUUUAGAUGCGUUAUUCUCUGGAGCUGGCAACUGUUAUUUUGUUCAAGUUACCAGUCCUAGGGUGAGUCUUAGCAAUGUGAUGUAAUAGUAGACAAUGUAAAUUUGAUAGGUGGAUUUCUGGUCCAUGUUCUUCAUCAGUAAAUCAUUUUUCUAUUGGUCUCGUUA